AUGAAGAAAGAAAAAAAUCAAUACAGAAUCAUCUCAGCGAAUCCAUACCUGAUGACGCCGAAGUCUUCUCCGGCGGGUAGGCGAAUGGAAUCAAGGUCGAGGGAGGAUAGGUCGACGUUGAGGCGAGCGGCAGUGGCUCGUAUAUCUUCCACGACGGCCAUAGCUGAUGUAGAUUCGUCUGUAGAUGCGUGCGUAUGUGGGAAAGCCGAGAAGAUGAAUAAUAGUAUAGAUAAAGCGCUAGGAGGACUGCAAGUUUGCAACCCAAGUUAUGCAAAACUAAAUUCAUCAAAGAUAGGGACCUAUGAUCAGACUGAGAAGGAAAAAGAGUUUUGGAUCUUGAAUGAUUUACAACCUGCAGUAUCAAUCAUGUCAUCCACCAUCACGGCCACUUUUCCCCGAACAUCACCAAUCAAAUUCAUCACCUGCAAUAUUUGA